CUGUGUGGUGGUGAGGAAAUACAUGUGGACGGAACGUGAUUGUUUUCACACCGUGCCAGCACAUCUAACAGAUCCUGCUCACUGACGAAUCCCUGACACUCAUUUAACACUCUUUUCAACUAGCCUGCCAAAUCACUAAGACUGACAAGAUGGCACGCUGUAACUUCCUUGGAUUUGUCCUAUUGGUGGCUACAGUGAUUUUUUCCUCUUUGAGGAUAUUAAACACUGUGGAGGAGCUGAAGGAGACAGGCUUUGGCAGACCACCUCCAAGACAUGGACUCGCACUGCUUGUGUGGUAUGUUCAAAACUGUAUUGACAACAACAUGGUGUCUCUCUGCGACCCCGUGAAAGGUGAUUACGGUUUCCAUGAGUUCAAGAACACAGGACCAUGUUUUCUCCUACCCAGGCUGAAGGAUAAGAAGACAUACGGCUACUUCACCAUAGGAAACCUUAAUUACAAACAUGCCAAUGAUCUACCCUAUGAAGUCAGGAAAUAUUAUAAUCCACAUGACCCAAAGAGCAACAUGGACAGAGUUAUUGUGAAGUAUAAUAAAAACAAGAACAAAAUAGAGGAGGUGUUCAUAUCAGAGCACUAUAAAAAGACGUAUAUUGUUGGUUCGCCGCUUAUCACUGACUUAAGACAGCAGUAGAAAUAUGCAUAAUGUUUCUAGUUUCAUGUUUUCUAGAAAGUUUUGUAUAAAAUAUUGAAAGAGAAUGUAUUUUUGGUUGUCUAUUUAGUAAAAAAUAAA